GCCCGGGCCGCCGGGAUCUGGUGUCCGCUGCAGCUGGCAGUGGGGCGGGCGCCGGCACGGGCACAAUCGCCGACGGCGUUGGCUAUUAAUAACACUCCGGGCGAGCCCGGGGUCGCGCAGCCAUGGCCAGCCCGGAACCCCUGCGCGGCGGGGACGGCGCCCGGGCCGCGAGGGAACCACACAUUGAAUCGAGUUUUCCUCUUCAGGAGUCAGAAUCCCCGAAGGAGGCCAAGACCGUUAGCCCAGAGGCCACUCUGUCUUUGGAGGGGACUGUGAACCUAGAGGACAUUCUCUAUCUGGGGGCAUCGGGGGACUUUGAAGAGAGCUUUUAUGAGGAAGAGUCUGAGAAGCCAGAGCAGACACUGUAUAUAGACGAAUCGAGGCAGCCAGACGAGGCGCUGAGUCUGGAAGAGCCCGUGUGUCCAGAGGAGAUGCUGUUUGUGGAGGAAGCUGUGAGGCCAGAUGAGGUGCAAAUUUCAGAGCAGCCUGUGGAGCCAGUUAAGAGCCCAACUGCUUGUGAGGGAGAAAUGGUGGCCAAGGAGGGAAGCCUGCCAGCUCAACCGAUUCCCAGCACCGAGGAGGACCCCCUCAGCGUGGAGGACCUGGAGCGGCUGGAAGCUCGUUUCCAGCAAUGUGUACAAGCUGUGUCCCAGCUGGAAGAGGAGAGGGACCAGCUUAUCCACGAGCUCGUGCUGCUCCGGGAACCAGCCCUGCAGGAGGUGCAGCAAGUCCACCAGGACAUCCUGGCGGCCUACAAGCUGCACGCCCAAGCAGAGCUGGAGAGGGAUGGGCUCAGGGAGGAGAUCCGGACGGUGAAGCAGAAGCUGUUCAAAGUGACCAAGGAAUGCGUGGCUUACCAAUACCAGCUGGAGUGCCGUCAGCAGGAUGUGGCUCAGUUUGCCGACUGCAGGGAAGCACUGACCACUCGGGCAGCCGAGCUCUCCGGAGAACUGACCCAGCUCCGAGAUGCCUAUCAGAAGCAGAAGGAGCAGUUACAGCAACGACUAGAAGCACCCCCGACCCAGAGCGACGGGCACUUUCUCCAGGAGAGCCGACGGCUGUCGACACAGUUUGAAAAUCUCAUGGCAGAGAGCCGCCAGGGCCUGGAGGAUGAGUAUGAGCCUCAGCUGCUCCGGCUCCUGGAAAGGAAAGAGGCAGGGACCAAAGCUCUACAGGACACCCAGGCGGAGAUCCAGGAGAUGAGGGAGGCUCUGAGACCCCUGGAAGCAGAGGCCCUGCAGCUCCAACUUCAGAACAGGAACCUGGAGGACCAGCUCUCCCUCGUGAGGCAAAAACGUGAUGAAGAGGUUCAACAGUACAGGGAGCAGCUGGAGGAGAUGGAGGAGAGACAGCGGCAGUUACGCAGUGGGGUGCAAGCUCAGCAGCAGAAGAACAAGGAGAUGGAGCGGCUGAGGAUGAGCCUUGCUGAAGAGCUUUCCACAUACAAGGCUAUGCUACCCAAGAGUCUGGAACAGGCUGAGGCACCCACUGCUCAGGCAGGUGGAGUGGAGGCACAACCCCCAGGGACUGUUUAGAAAUAUAUGGUCGGACCUGUAGCCCAGAAACAAGAAAACAUUUAUCAAAGGAUCACUAGGGAUGGACUUUCCCCGAACAGAUAGAGUACCAGCACUGGCAAGCAAUUCACCCUGUCAAACUACAAACACUGGCUGUUUUGCCUAAAAAGACUGUAGGUUGGCUGGAAGCAGAGUCCCAGUCAGCUUGUAUUUGGAUUCUGUUUUGUAGGCUGCUGGUUCUGAUGUCAGUGUACUAUGGAAGGGGAAAAAGAGCCUCUUACCUUCCAGCAGAACCCCGAGUAAUGGAUGUAUCACCACACCCUGAACUAUCUAUCAUGAAGAACGUUAUGGAUUGCUUUGUGCUGACCCAAACCAAGAACGUCUGAGGGAAAAUGUUGGGGUCAAAGGGCAGCCAAUUUCUGCUAUAUGGAUCCAAAACAAAUUCUUUUGUGCUACAGGUAUUACAUUUUUAAAUGACUCCGCUCACAAAGCUAUCUUCCCCUUCAAGUCUACACUCAAAUAAUUUACUCUUAAAAUAGUGUCAAAUUUAAAAAAAAAAAAAAAAAAAAAAUCACCACCACAAGACCCCACUUAUAUAUAGCUCCAAGUGGCCUAGAACUCACUUUUUAGACAAUGUUGGUCCUGAACUCAGAGAUCUGCCUGCCUCUACCUCUGCAAUGCUGGGAUUAAAGGAAUGACAGGCUUAUUUUUUGAGGCCAGGUCUCAAAUAGUCUAGGCUGGUUUCUAACUUACGUGGAUCAGGAUGACCUUGAACUUAUGAUCUUGCUUCUACCUCCCAACUGCUGAGACUACAGAUGUGCACCGUCAAGCAUGACCCAAGACAUGCCCCACCCCUCCUGUCCUGGACAUCAGAGAAAGGACUCAAACUCACAGAACUCUACAAGAGCUAGGAUUAAAAGUGUGCACCACCAUAUCCAGCUUGAUAACCUGCAUUAUUCAAGCUGUCUCAAAGACCAUAAAUGGUUUUGGAGGUGAGAAUCAUCUAGUCAGUCCAAGCAAAAGCAGUUAAUUUUUUUUCUCUCCAGUUAUCAAUCACUAAGUGGUAAUAAAGGCACCGACUCUUAAUUCUAUACUUUAAAAGUAGGGGUUCCAAUGAAAAUCAUCUGUCAGAUACAAGCUCUCUGUAAGGUUCAAGUGUCUUUUAAAUUUAAACUCUGCCUUAAGUUGUCUAUCACACUGCCUUUGAGAUUCUUGGAAACCUAUGUAGCUCUCUAGAGAAGACUUCAAGAAUAUGUAAUUUUACCAAGGCUAGUUUGUGUACUCUAUUCAGUAAUGCCUUCAAUUUCCCUGACUGGAGUAAAGCUCUCUUUUAUCUAUGGUUAUGGGUCUGUUAUGUUUAUUCCAAUCUUGAUAGUCAAAACCAAGGAAAACAACUGUCACCCGAACUAACUCUUCCAGAAGCCAGAGACUGUUGUCUGAUGGAUACUAAAUAAAACCCACCAGCAUGGGGCUAUAUAGAAAAGCAAUUUAUUCCAUUAUAAGCACUUACACAGUUAGUCAUGGAGAGUAACAGGCCUGAUGGUGAGACAGAUCAACCAAAAUGGAGAUGGCAUAAAACUAUAGUGGUCAAAGACUAACCCCUAAAAAAGCAACUUUUAUCAAGGAUUAAUUUAAUCUUAAAAACAAACACAAACUAGCAAUCCACUCUUUCUCAACUUGACAGUUCACCAGUGGCACAACUGCCAGGUAAAAACAUACAUCUUUACAACUUGGUGGUCCCAAGUUUAAAAAAAAGAAGAAAGAAAAAAGGAAAGAAA